AUGGCUGCAUGCGCGCCGAAAACGCGCCUCCGGAAGCGUCCGGAAGAGGCGUGCGUGUCGGACGUCGACAGCGGCCCGCCCCCGAAAAAAGCAAACGCCUCCGAGUCUGCUCUCGUACCGAAUGUGGAGAAAAAGUCUCCCAACCCCUCAGGAACUCGACGACAAAGUGACCACCCGCGCGGGUCAAGCGCCGCAGCAGUCGACGAAGCCCCGGUGUAUGUACACCGCAUCCUGGGGUCGCGCAGGGGGUACGACAAAACGCGGCCGCCUCCCGCGCAUUCUUUCGAGAGCGAAGGCCGCCAGAGAGGCGAAGAGAUAAGGCGAAGCGCGAGAAUUGGUGAUGCACUUGCCCUUUCAACACCGGGAAACAGCGAUCACGCCGGUUCCUCUGAGGAAACGACGGCUCCCAGCUCCCAUCGCUCCAGUCGCCUCGCCUCUGCCGUCGACUUGUCGGUGGAUUCGUCUGACUCGAAGAGACCAGAAGCACAGGGGCUUUCGGGGAGAGACAGUGACGGCGAAGGUCGAGAAACAGCGUGUUCCCGGUGCGUGAACCACAAACCGCCAGAACGCGCGUCCGCCGCCUCGCCGCAGUUCGGCACAUCUGCGUUGUCGCCGGAUGCUUCUUCUGCGACUUCGGCUCCUCUCGACUGGAAGGUUUCUGACGGCGACUCUCUCAGACACGCUCUGCAGCCUGACGCCGCCAUCUCAAAUGUCGAGCGGUCCCCGGAACUGUCCGCAGGUGCCUUGUCGCUGUCGGAGAGUGGAGAAACGUAUUCAUCGUCCUCCAGUGCAGAUUUGGUCUCGGGGUCCAGCGGCGGCCCUCACCUUCGUGGGCGCGCACUCCCGUCUUCUUCAGAGCCUCCGGCGUUGCCGUCGUGGCUGAAACAACUGAACUCUCCGAUGCUUCCCUCCAUGCUUCCUGCGAGCUCGGCUGACCCUCAGAGCGGCCCUGAGCACAGGCGCUUAAAGAGUCCGGAAGACGACGAAGGUGACGGACUCUCUGUGGUUGAGAAGGAGGCGUCAGGUGAAGCUUCUGAGUCGAUGAAGACCUGCCACCGCGCGCGUGCUACGCCGUUGGGUCCCCCGCCCGCGUUUCCGCUCCCGCUGUCCGUGCCGCCUGGCGGCGCUCGCGGCCGCCCCUCGUCGACUGUGUCCUCAGGGACGAAGGGGAAGGUAGCGACUGUCACAGCGAACGGAGGCGGUGCCUCUCCUAGUGAACGUGGAGAGAAAGCGAAGAACUCGCCGGCCUCCGACUCGCCGGGUCGAACGACCCCACCCGCGCCGGCCUGGCUGUCAAGAACGCGCCCGGGACCGGCCACAGGUGCAACUGCAGAGAAGGUGGAGAGAGCGGGAAGGACUCGCAGCGGAGAUUUCUCAAGGGAGGCCAGUGCUUCAUGUGCUUCGUCGCAGACUCUCAAACGCUUCGGAGAAGGUGGCAGUCCCGGUGUCUCCUCUGGGGGCCGGACGCCUGCAGCGACCGCUGGAACGGCGGCCAGCAUUCCGCAACUUAUGGCGCCUAGCGGUUCUCCGAGCCGCGCGACACCCCCGGGCAGUCAACCUUCUGGACAGCUCCGGAACCACGCCUUGCCCGGGUCUUCUGAGGAUGACACGUCGCCGAUACGCGCAAACGCGACAGGUGCGAGCCCUCCGGAUUCUCUCUCCUUGUCUCCCUCGAGAUCGUCGCCCCUCCCUCCGCCUCUGCCUCGCGCGCUCCCGAGACGCGCAGGGCCCUUAGGCGUUUGCGGACUGUCUGCGCAGCGUGGGGGAAUCGGAAUUCCUCUCGCAUUGUCUGAGCAUCCUUCUUUCUCCCUCGAGAAGCAGCUGCAGGGUGCAGAAGAUCGGCGGGCCUUUCUACGGCGUCUGUUGCGGGGAGGAGCCCCAGGGCGCCCGGAGUGGCCUUUGCCGGUGGAGACGAAAACUCUUUUGGAGGCCGCGGGCGUGACGGCUGGACGCUUUCAACCCGAUCGGUGGUUUUGCUGGGGUAUCGAGCCGUUUCCCUCAGCUCGCGUUUUGGAAUGGAAACUCGCCCGCGUGCUCGGCCGUCCUGUCCUCGAUGCGGCGGCCAGAGGAGACGCGACUGUCUGGGGUAUUCUGUGUCUCUCUCUCGGCGCGAUUGUGCUAGGCGCCGAUGUUGCUGAGCUUCGAGCGGGCUUCCAGCGACAGGGCCUCCCUGUCCCCGACCCGCUUCAGGAGGGUCGAAGCCAGUUUCUUCGGGGGACAGACGCCGGGAAGUAG